AUGACAGCCCCAACUGCCACAUAUGAGAGGAUAGUUUACAAAAAUCCCUCUGAGCACCACUACAUGAAAGUCUGCCUAGAAUUUCAAGAACACGGGGUUGGACUGAAUGCUGCACAGUUCAAACAGCUGCUCAUUUCAGCCCUGAAGGACCUGUUUGGGGAGGUUGAUGCUGCCUUACCCUUGGACAUCCUAACCUACGAAGAGAAGACCUUGUCAGCCAUCCUGAGAAUAUGCAGCAGUGGUCUUGUCAGAUUGUGGAGCUCUUUGACCCUGUUAGGAUCCUAUAAAGGCAAAAAAUGUGCCUUCAGAGUGAUUCAGGUUUCUCCAUUUCUUCUUGCAUUAUCUGGUAAUAGUAGGGAACUAGUAUUGGAUUGA